AUGUAUGUGGAAGUAUAUAAAUGUCAGCUUUCAUUAAUAACCUUAUUGAGUGACACGGUAAAUUAAAGUGCGGGUCCGUCCAUCCACAUGAAGGAUUUAAUUAAGGCCACAUAAAAAAAAUUACUUGUUUAGCGUCCCCGCCCGACCUGAUAAAAGUCCCCGACCUCCAAUUUUUUUUAAUUUUUUUUUUAAAUUUGUCCGAGUUUAGUGGAAAAACUCUCUAUAAAAAAGACCGUUUUACUUGAAAAAAUGGUGAUUUUAUUCUUCUGGGAGCUAUGUAAUACGUUUACACAAAGUUUCCUUCCCAGAAUAUGCCUGUUCGCAGCUAAAGUGUUCGCGCGUGACCGCCAAACGGUAAUUUUCUGUUUGAUUAAAAACAUGAACGGGAAGUUAAAAAACAUGAACGGAUUUUGAAAGAAUUAAAGUGAGUUUUGACUGUGGUAAUAUACUGGAUUUCCUGCAUUUAGCAGAAUUUUGUGUUGCAUUUUACGAAAAAAAAAAAAAAAAAAUCCGUCCGCCCGACCUAGAAAAAUUAAAAUGGGUGGACGCUAAACAAGUAAUUUUUUUUAUGUGGCCUUAUUUUUUUUAUGUGGCCUCUUUCAUUCUAUAAUAACUUGAAUUUUGCGAGUGUAUAGUAAGGGGCCCGGUAAUUUUCGGCACACAGGACAAAAUAUGGACUGGACUUAUGGACUCAUCGUCAAGCGGGACAGUGGCCUGAUCCCACAACGUCGAAAUUCUUCGCGAGAAAUUGUUACUGCAAAAUAUGGUGGUUGCAAAUGAAUCAUUCUAUUUAAUUUUCCUACUUUUUUCGCUUUCGCAGUGAGUAUGGUGAAGCGAAACUUAAAGGAUUCUGAAGGCUAAAAGCCUGAUUCCACGAGCGCUUUUUCUUGAAAAUGAGUUAUUUCAUGCGCAGUAAAGAUACAUUUGGUUUACGAAAACAAAAAGUGGGAAAAUUCGAAGAAUCAUUCAUGUGCAACAACCCACAUUUCGCAGACACAAUUUCUCGCGAAGAAUUUCGCCGUCGUGGAAUCAGGCCUUGUGCCGUUUAAAGGCCGAUUUAGACUACACAAUUUUUGCCUAAAACUAGUAUCGCCAUGCAACCUGCUUACAACUUGAGUUGUACAAUGUAAAUCAAGCACACAACUUGCCAACGUUGUCUCAUAGACGAGUUGUGUGCUUGAUUUACACAGUACAACUCAAGUUGUAAGCAGGUUGCAUACGAUAGUUUUAGCGGCAAAAGUUGUGUAGCGUAAAUCGGUCUUAAUACAUGUUCGAGUAUACCAUGUUUUUAGGAUAUUCGAAACCAAGCAUACAGCGGGCCAGCUCUAGCAGUGGAACAAUUGACACAAAAACUGAAAGAAUUUGGAUACACCAACGAUGCUCGUAUUGACCGUAUUCUAAAUCUUGGCUGUGGCACAGGAUUGGUCGGAGAAGAACUAGUGAAACGUGGUUACAAAAAUAUCGAUGGAGUAGACCUAACCCCCGAGUUGCUGGAGGUUGCCAAAGCAAAAGGUAUAUAUGGAUUACUACAACAAGGUUCGAUGGGGUCUCCAGAGUGCAAGGAUCUGGGCAUUGGCGCGAAGCAGUACGACGCCGGCAAAGUGGGUGUCUUAACACUUACACACGUGGAAAGCGAAGGAUUCAAUGAUCUUGUGCACGUGGUCAAACCGGGGGAUUGGUGUGUUUUAGCAAGGAGAUCUUUCACUGAAUGCUCCACAAUGCGGAUUUCGUGA